CCUACAUGGCAUUAAACUCGUUUUAAACCCGCAUUUCAAGUCCGCAUUCGAGAUAUAUACAAUCCCCUUUAUAACAUUUCACUACUAUCUGCUCACUCUCUGCUUGUCGUGAUAUCUCUGAAGAUUUGAUUCGCUAUGGAUAAGGAAGAAGUGGUGACUGAGGUUAAGGAGGUUGUGGACAAUGGAGGGGCUCCGGUGGGUAAAGAAGUUGAGCCUGUGGUUGAGAAAAAAGGCGAUGGGGAUGAUGAAGUGAAGGAUAUGGAAGAGGAUAGCAAGACGGAGGAGGAGAAAAUCGAAACUUCGAAAAUGGAUGUAGACAAGGAAGAAGCUGAGGAACCCGACAAGAAUGACGUGAAAGAAGAUUCGGAAUCAGAGGCAAAUAAAGAAGUGGAAGCGGCGAAAAUUGCUGAAGUGGAAGAAGGCAAUGCGACAAAACCGGAGGAUGAAGGAAAUGAUAAAGUGGAGAAUACUGCUGGAUUGUCGGCGGAUGACGAGAAGGCUGACAAGGGUACUGAGAAAAAAGUCUCAAAGAAAAAACGCGGGAAAGGAAAGCCAGAAACAGCUGCACAAAACCCUAAAGAAAAGAAGAAAGCUGUGGAAAAGAAAAAAGAGGAGCCAAAAACCCCUGUGACUCCUGCUCUUGCAAGCGAUCGCCCUGUCCGCGAACGGAAGUCGGUUGAAAGGCUUGUUGCAACUGUUGAGAAAGAUUCUGGGAAAGAUUUUCGUGUUGAAAAGGGCCCUGGUACUGCAUUGAAAGAUAUACCCAACGUGGCGUACAAGCUUUCAAGAAAGAAGAGCGAGGAGACUUUCAAAUUGCUUCAUUCAAUUCUCUUUGGAAGGAGAGGAAAGGCAUCACAGGUCAAGAGCAACAUCUCUCAGUUUUCUGGCUUUGUAUAUCAUGGAAAUGAGGACAAACAAAAGCUCAAGAUAAAAGAAAAGCUUGACAAGUGCGUUAAAGAAAAGUUGCUGGAAUUUUGUGAUUUGUUUGACUUGCCAUUAACAAGGGCUACGUCUAAGAAGGAAGACAUUGUCACGAAGCUCUUUGAAUUUUUGGAAGCACCUCAUGCUACUACUAGCGAGUUACUUGCUGAGAAAGAACAGUUGAGCAAAGGUACCAAGCGCAAGAGAUCCAGCAAAAAAGUCACAUCACCAUCUGGGAGUGCACCUUCAAAGAGCUCUUCUAAGAGUCGGAAGAUGAAUGGAAGUGCAUCCAAAGGGGACGGUAACAAGGAUGCAUCUGAAACAGAAGAUGAACGUGAGGAAGCAGAUGAUGAUGCUGUGCAUGUAGAACAGGAAAAUGUAAAUGGUGUUUCUGAUGGAUCUGAUGCUGAAAAGCCUGAGCGUGCCCAAAGUGAAGAAAAGGAGUCUGAUACUGAAGUAGGGUCUGAAGAAGACACUAAAAAACGCAAAAGAGUUUCAUCAAACAAGUCGUCCAUGAAAAAGAAUUCUGCUGAGAAAGCUAAAGCUAAAAAAGCUUCAAUCGUGAAGAAGGCAAGUCCACCCCCUAAGAAAGCAUCAUCCAAACCAUCCUCAAGCCGUUCUAAGGUUCAAGAUGGUGAUACAAGUCCUAAGAUUUUCUCAAGGAAGAAGAAAACUGAAGUAGUUAAGGAGAAAUCACCAACACCGAAAAAAUCUGCUUCGAAGGAAAAAGCUGGCAAAAAAGUUGUGAAAGGCAAGGAUAAACCUAAAGUGGAGAAGUUAAAGCCUAGUGACAAUGAGCUUAAGACUGCAAUUCGCGAAAUUCUCAAGCAGGUGGACUUCAACACGGCUACCUUCACGGAUAUUCUGAAGCUACUUGGUGAGCGAUUCAAAACUGAUCUCAUACCCAGAAAACUGUCUAUUAAGGCCAUGAUUCAGGAAGAGCUGACGAAAUUAGCUGAUGAGGCAGACACCGAGGAAGAGGAAGAACCUGAAGGUGUUAAAGCUGACACACCGGCUUCAGCUGCAGGGGUGGAUGUCUGACCUGCAUGGAGUUGGCCGUGAAGAGUAGUGUUAGUGAACAGCUAUCAAGUUAUCUUUGAGAUAUUUAGUAUGACUGGGUAUGGUCAGCUGUAAUUUCUGUAGACUCAUAUAGUUGCUGGCUAGAGUUCUUAAAUUCUGUAGAAACUAAUAGAAAUAGGAGGUUUGCUUUAUGGACACACAAAAAUACCAAAGUGUAGGGAUUCAGAUAACUGUUCUGUCUUCGGGCGGUUGUAACAUUCUUCUGUUCUUACAUGGUUGGAAUUUCCGAACAGGUCUUUUUUA